GUGGGUGAGAGAAGGAUGCUUCACGGACUGGCGUUCUGCCUGGUGGAACCACUGUAAGGAAGGGCAGUGUUUUUCAGCUGCUGUGAUAAAUGCAGCCGACGGGGCAGUCGCUACUUGAUGCUCACAAAGGUCUUUGUUUUAAAGUUUGUCUUCACCGAAGCCUUUUCUCGUCAUGCCAAGCCAGCAGAAGAAGAUCAUCUUUUGCAUGGCUGGCGUACUGAGCUUUCUCUGUGCUCUUGGAGUGGUGACGGCAGUGGGCACCCCACUGUGGGUUAAAGCCACUAUCCUCUGCAAAACAGGGGCUCUGCUUGUCAACGCGUCAGGGAAGGAGCUGGACAAGUUCAUGGGCGAGAUGCAGUAUGGCCUUUUCCAUGGAGAAGGCGUAAGGCAAUGUGGGCUAGGAGCAAGGCCUUUCCGGUUCUCGUGCUCCUGUGGCUGUCUUGUCAUGAUAUUGUUUGCCUCUGAAGUGAAAGUCCACCGCCUUUCAGAGAAAAUUGCAAAUUUUAAAGAAGGGACCUAUGCCUACAGAACACAAAACGAAAACUAUACCACCUCAUUCUGGGUUGUUUUCAUUUGCUUUUUUGUUCAUUUUUUGAAUGGGCUCCUGAUACGACUUGCUGGAUUUCAGUUCCCUUUCACAAAAUCUAAAGAAACAGAGACCACUAAUGUAGCUUCAGAUUUAAUGUACUGAAAAGCAAAUAUCUUCAUAAUUUCUCAAUAAGGAUAUGGACUUCCUUUGGCCACAUUUAAUAUGGGUGAUUUCAUCUGUGCAUUUAGACUUCUUAAGCACCAAGCCCUCCUUAUGUUAUGUUUACAGAGCAUGUAGAAAGAAUACAGGCUGGAAAAUAACAGAAGCAGGAGGAUGGUUUCACUGGAAAGACGCUCUUCCUGAUGGGUAAUGGCCUGCAUAGUUAGUCCAAAGCAGUUGGCUAGAAGGAUGGAUGGUUACUCCAUGUCCUUACUGACUUAUAAGAUGCAUGUUUUCCCAAGCAGAACUCAACAGGCACAUGACAUAUAGUUUUGUAAGACUCCAGGGAACCUUAACUUACCGGGGACCCCCUGAGUGGACCACGUGGAGCUGGGAUCAAUGCAAAAAGCAAGUGGAAUUUAUUGUUCCAGUGCACUGGGGUUGUUCCAGAUCCGAAGGAGAGGCAGCGACCCCCAGCACCCGUUCAGUGAGUUUUUAUACGGUUUCCAGGGGCAGAAUAGAGCAUCAGCAACUAGGCACAAUAUGAUUGAUGGAACAGUGCACCCUUUAAACUGAUUGGUCUUUAGGGACUGAGGUGACAAGGACUUCCAUUGUCUGAAGGUGGAGGUCCUGCAGAAUGUGUCCCCACACACAGGUCGGUUCCUGCCCUUUAGUCUGAGAAAUGUUAAUUAGCCUCUCCCUUCCAGAGGGGGAAGUGUUUCAUGACCUUCCCAAAGUUCUUGAGCUGACCUAUUCAGUUAAAUAAAACAGACAUUAUUUCUAAUUGUCCACAUAGUCACAGAUCCCAGAAAACAGAGGUGAAAUUGGUGUCUUAAACUGACAGUGCACUGAAUCAUUGAAAACCUUCAAGUUCUUUGUAAGUUUGCUUAGAGCAUGAUGUCAUUAUGUCUGGUGGUCAAAACCAGAAAAGUUUAUAAGCAAACAAGCAAGCUAGCAAGAAAGGAAGAAAA